UUGACAAAAUACCUGCUUUUAUUACCGCUUAAUAAGCUGAGUAAUGUUAAACGCACAUUAACAAUUAAAUUAUUAAAAAAUAUUAACAGAGAUUAAACUAUUAAUAGAAAUAAAAUAUAUGUAUAUUGCAUAUUUAUACUGUCCAAAAUAAAAUAUGUACACCGAAAAAUACCAUUGAUGAACCACGACUUUGGAAUGUGAUCGUGAAGUUUUGAAAACUUUAUUGUUAUUCUAAUCAUACAGAUAGACGUAGAAUUAAAUUCAACACCUAAACCACCAAUUUUAGUUCAAUUAAGGCAAUUAUAACAACAAUGGUUGAUGUAAAAAAUUCAAAAGACUUUCAAGUCAAACUCGGAAAAGUUGGAUCAAAACUUGUAGUAAUAGAUUUCUAUGCAAAAUGGUGUCCACCUUGCAAACAAAUUUCACCCUUAUUGGAUCGUCUCGAACUUGAUUAUAAAUCUAAAGCCGUUGUAUUAAAGGUUGAUGUAGACAAAUGUGUUGAAAUUGCUAACAAAUACAAAAUUUCAGCUAUGCCAACUUUUUUAUUUAUGAAAAAUGAAAAAAUUAUUGGUAAGUUUAGCGGGGCUGAUCCUGAAAACCUCAAAAAUUGUUUUUAUAAAUUUACAAAAGUAUAAGAACGAAAAAAAUUGAAGAGUAACACUAUAUCUACAUGUGUUUAUCCAAGUUAUACAUACCAAGUCCAUACAUAAAUUAUUGCAUACCUAGGUAGAUGUGAAAUUUUGUGUAAAUUUGUUUAAAUGUUCAUAAAAAUAAAAUUAUUUCAAGUUAAA